GGGGGUGGUGGAGGAGGAGGAGGAGGAGGUGGAGAUAGUAUACCAACAUACCAAGUUGGAAAUCCACAAGGUGGCGGAGGAGGAUCACCAGGACAAGCAUUACAGUUUUCUAAAUUCAGUGACAUUCCGCAAUCAGUUUUGGAUGCAAUGCCAAGUGACCAGGUUGAGCAAAUACGACAGGCUUUGAAUGGAAAUGGAGGUGGUGGAGUUCAAACAUACCAAGUACCUGGCGGCCAAGGAGGUGGACAACCAACUGACCAACAAACCUUCCAAUUUUCAAGCUUCAGCCAAAUACCCCAGAGCUUAUUAGAUCAACUUUCAAGCGCCCAAAUCUCAAACAUUAGACGAGAGCUAACACCAACCUAUCACACAAUUCCACAACAACCUCAGCAGAUUCCUCAAGGAAAUACACAGACAUUGCAAUUUUCAAAAUUCAGUGAAAUUCCACGUAAGUAACCUCUUUUCUUCAGUCAUACAAUCUGUAAACUUUAUGUGUUUUCUUAAAUUCCUUCAAAAAUAAUUGAUAGUUUGCAUUUAAAAAUAUCGUGAAUAAUUUAAACCUUUAUAUCGUUUCAAACAUUGCAUAUAAAUUACAUGCACUUACCUAAAUUUAGGGUUUCUAGGGUCUAACAAAUACCACGCAUAUCACAGGUAAAGAAUAAACACAGGUGAUUCUAGAUUAUUGCCGGAAUUUACAUUAUUAACAAUUUUGUUAUAGUAUUUCGUAUUUUUGAAUAAAAUACUAUGUAUAUUUCUGUAAAAAAGCACAUAAUUCAGAAACAAAUAUAUACGCUUGCUUAUUGCAAUGGUUUUAGUCAUGAUAAAAAAAGAGUUAAAAGCGUUGUUUUAAUGAAAAAGAACAAAUUCCUUGUUCUACAUUAAGAGAAUGAUUCUUAAAAUGAGAAACUAUCUCGAAAUUAAUAUGAGAAUAUAACAAUAAAGACGUUUGGUAAUACCAAAUGUGCAAGUGACCAGUGUAAAUCAAUAGGAACUAUUAUACCUUUUCUGAAUGGGAUAAUAAAAAUUUAAUUUAAAAGAUGAAAACAAAUGAUGCUAUAUAAUAAAUAAAAAAGUAAGAAGUCUACCACGCUAUAUAAAAAUAAUGAUAAUAAUAAUGUAAUUUGUUUUAUCAGAAUAUGAUUAGAGGUAUAAUAGAUAAUUAAUUAAAUAAUCAAAUUAUUUCCUAAACUACAAAUAGGUCAACAUUAAAGAACUGAAUCAAAUGAGAAACUCUUGUUAAAUGAGCAUUUAAAAAAUUUCAGAGAAAAAAUUCUUUUUAAAAUCUAUAAAUAUUAAGUUUUGUGUCAUGAAUAAAAUUGCAAUACUUUUUUACUGUUUCAGAGAGCGUAUUGGAUCAAUUUACAAGUAAGAAUUUUUCUUCCUAUUAAUCAAAUUUUUUAUUUUGUUUCUUCUGCUAAAAUUAUGCGAACUUCAUAUGCUUUUAUUAAAACAAUAAUUGAAAAUAAAUUUAGUUUUGAAAAUAAUGUAUUUUUAAAAAAAAAUCUAAAUUCCAACAAUUUAGAAUCUAAUUAGGAGCUUAAUGAUAUAAAUAUUUUGUCAGUAUAUUAGUGCAUCAGUAUUCCUAAAUAAUAUUAAACACCCUAUUUUUUAUUUACAUUAUAAGUUUAGAAUAACAUGUUUCUAAUAGCAAUUUUGAUAUUGUUUAGGUGACCAAAUUCAACAAAUAAAAAUGGCACUCCAACAAGGAGGAGGAACUGUUCAAUUGCCAGCUACUGCAUUCACAGAUCUGAAUAAAAAGAAUAGCUUCAAAAGAUCUUAGAAAAUAUAAGAAAGCAGUAUUCACAGAAAUGGAAGAAUAUUAGUAUUACGUCAGUAAUAAAUAGAAUUCACACAAUAUUAUUAUACCUUUAAAAAUUUGGGAUAAGUACUUAUUUAUUUAUUACUUUACAUUUAUUUUUUUCAGUCACAACCUACUCUUACACUAUCCCUGGUGGUAGCAACAAACGAGUCAACAAUGCUCGUAAGUCCCAUGUUUUUAUUUUAUACACAUGUGUCUAGAUCAUAAGGUUAAAAAUAUUAUUUAUGACUUUGAAUUUAGAAAAACUUAGUUUUUCGUUUUUUUUUCAUUUAAAUUUGAAACAAAAAUUCUAUCUUUUGUGAGUGUUCUAAUGAUUCAUGUGACUAAAAAUAACUUAAAAAAUGACACAAAAAUCAUGGAAUUCCUAAAUGAAUAUUAUUUCUAAACUAUUGAAAAAUGAAAAAUGAAAUUCAGUCAAAUGGUAGAAGUAAUGUAUAAAAUCAUUUGAAAUUUUGGGAAACAUAAUUAUAUGGAGAAAAAAUUUAGACUUUACUUGUUUAAAUAUAUGUUAAAUAUUAUUAGCGAGCACAAAAAAUAUUAAAAUACAUUAAAGAGAAAUUCAAAAUGUCUCACAAAAGCUUGCAUUUCUAACGGUUUUAUCCUGUAAGAAAAUCUUAUCAAAUAUGAGAUUCAGUUAUAAAUUCAUUCACUUCCUAAUUUAAAAUCCUAUUUCAUUUAAACCAGUAAACUCUAAUAAUUAAGUAAAAUUUUCAGCUAUUAUACAUUUUUUUAAUUCGUAGUAUUUAAAAAGUUAUUUAAUAAAAUGAAAUAAGUAAAUUUUUAUUGCUAUGCGAUAUAUAUUAUUUAAAAUUUAUAAUAGAAAGUAAUAGCUUUGAAAUUAGAGCAUAUUUUAUCUAAUAAACAAUAACUACUUUUCCUCAAAGAAAAAAUAAAAUAAAAAAUAAAUAAAUAAAAAUAUAUCAUUUGAUUAUAGUGGAACACUGAUUUUACAUUUUCCGUCAGACUGGCUUUAAAAAACGCACAAAGCGGACAAAAGUGAAAUCGGAGAAAGAAAUAUGAGCAUAUUUUUCAAAGAUGGACACGUACCAGAUGAAGUAUUAGAAGAAAUGUGUACUCUUUAUUGUUUUUUUUUUAGAUUCAAUUUCAAAAAUAUUUCACUUAAUACUUAUUAUUGUUUGCAAAUUUACGAACUUACAUUUUGGUUUAGAUUUGCAAACAAAUAUUGUUUCAGAGCUUCAUGAUCUGCAACUCUUGAUCAGUUAUGGAUAUAUCGUCCUAUAUUUUUUACUCAUCUUCAUAGUUUUCAUCACUAUUUUCGGAAGCAGGAGUUAAAUAAGAUAUUGAAGGAAUUGAAAAGUAAUGGUCGUGUCAAUAAAAGUGCAGUCGAUAUACGCGUCAUCGAAUUCGAGAAAUUUUCAGCCACGCAAUACUAUUCCGAAAAGCUAAUAUUCUCAUUGAACACAGAGAAACCUUCUUUAUUAAACCCAUUACUAUUAUCUUACUCGACGUAGAAGCAUCUUGCAUGUUACCGAAAUCAAGAAAAAGGAAUCAUUACCGAACCAGUUGUUUAGUGUAACUUUCUUUCAAUUAUUGAAUUAUUUCUGAGCUCAAAGGUUUGCUGGAGAAAAUUCGGUUCACAAAAUUUAGAAUUUCAACUUCGUAGCAAACUAACCACUCUUCCCUUGCUUUCUCCAUCCCAAAACCCUUUUGAAUUCGACUCAAGAGAAAGUUUCCUCUCACAAACACAAGGACGACAUAUAAUUAACAAGUCUCUGAAUGAACUCGAUAAAAGUUUGUGCGAGCUUUAUAAAGAAAGAAUGAAUUUGAUCUCUAAGAAAAGCGCACAAGGAGAGAUAUUCUUAAAAGGGUAACGUAAAAACAGGGAUAAUUGAGCAAUGUUCGUUUAGGCAAUUUUCACGGACAAGCAGAAAAUGCCGUACGCAGCGUGAUAACGUGGAAAUUCACAAUAUAAAACCGGGUCCCACUUUAAUAGAUAUAUAUAUCUAUAUAAACUAAUAUACAUAUAUUUAGUAGAAUUUUGAAAUACUGGUUACAAUAAAACUAGUUACCUAUAUAUUCACUUGAUUCUUGAAAUUGUUAUAGUUAUUCUCUUCUCCUCAUAUUCUUAUUUCAUUUUCAGUCAAUACUGUAUUUAACUAUGUUGCUGCUGGUGGAUUUUUAACUGGAGUUCCACCCAUUGAUUUACUACUCCUCCGCUUUUACAUGAACAUGGGUCCAGAAAAGUUCUGUUGAAAUUCUACCAAAGGUGGUGUUUCACAGUCCAAGCGGUUUUUCAAGAACCUUACGUGAAAUACAUAAUGUAACAAUAAACUGUAAUAAAAAAUUCCAAUUUGUA